CGUCCCGGGCCGCCGAGCCAGUUUUUUCGGAGUUCGCGGUCGGAAGUGCAGCUAGGGGCCCGGUGGGGGCGGCCAGGCUGCCGGAGCGCGGCGCCCGAGGGCCUCAGUCUUUCCCGUGCCAAGACUGCCCUGCUCUACCGGGAGAAGCAGCAGCAGCCCAGGAAGCCUUCCAACGCGGGCGCCGCGCGGGAGCACCGAAUACCCUCCCCCCCUCCUGGGGGCUCCCUCCCCCUCCCCCUCGCCACAGGGGCGUGGCCAGGCGUUGCGGGGAUUGGCGCUCCCGGUACGUCCGCGUCCGGCGUGGUGACGCAGCACGUCGACAGCACCCCGACGGCCAUGGAGGCUGAAGAAACGAUGGAAUGCCUUCAGGAGUUUCCUGAACAUCAUAAAAUGAUCUUGGACCGAUUGAAUGAACAACGGGAGCAGGACCGGUUUACAGACAUCACCCUGAUUGUCGACGGACACCAUUUUAAGGCCCACAAGGCUGUUUUGGCUGCCUGCAGUAAGUUCUUCUACAAAUUCUUUCAGGAGUUUACUCAAGAGCCUUUGGUUGAAAUUGAAGGUGUUAGUAAGAUGGCUUUUCGUCACUUAAUUGAGUUCACAUACACAGCAAAACUAAUGAUACAAGGGGAAGAAGAAGCCAAUGAUGUGUGGAAAGCAGCAGAGUUUCUACAAAUGCUGGAAGCUAUUAAAGCACUUGAAGUCAGGAACAAAGAAAACUCAGCUCCAUUAGAGGAAAACACUACAGGAAAAAAUGAGGCAAAAAAAAGAAAGAUUGCAGAAACUUCCAAUGUUAUCACUGAGUCAUUGCCGUGUGCAGAAUCGGAACCUGUGGAGAUCGAGGUGGAGAUUGCUGAAGGCACGAUUGAAGUAGAAGAUGAAGGCAUUGAGGCCUUGGAGGAAGUGGCGUCUGCCAAGCAAUCUAUAAAGUACAUACAGAGCACAGGCUCCUCCGAUGAUUCCGCUCUAGCGUUGUUAGCAGAUAUCACCAGCAAGUACCGUCAAGGUGAAAGCAAAGGACAGAUUAGCGAAGAUGACUGUGCAUCUGACCCCAUAAGCAAACAGGUAGAAGGUAUUGAAAUUGUGGAACUUCAGCUGUCACAUGUGAAGGACUUGUUCCAUUGUGAGAAAUGUAACCGUUCGUUUAAAUUGUUUUACCAUUUUAAGGAACACAUGAAAUCACACUCCACUGAGAGUUUCAAGUGUGAAAUAUGCAAUAAAAGGUAUCUUCGAGAGAGUGCAUGGAAACAACACCUAAACUGUUACCACCUUGAAGAAGGUGGAGUAAGUAAGAAGCAAAGAACUGGGAAAAAGAUUCACAUAUGCCAGUACUGUGACAAACAGUUUGAUCACUUUGGACACUUUAAAGAACACCUUCGAAAACAUACAGGUGAAAAACCUUUUGAAUGUUCAAAUUGUCACGAGCGGUUUGCUAGAAAUAGCACUCUCAAAUGUCACCUUACUGCAUGCCAAACUGGAGUAGGGGCAAAAAAGGGAAGGAAGAAGCUUUAUGAAUGCCAGGUCUGUAACAGUGUAUUUAACAGCUGGGACCAGUUCAAAGAUCACUUGGUAAUACACACUGGAGAUAAACCCAACCAUUGUACUCUGUGUGACUUGUGGUUUAUGCAAGGAAAUGAAUUAAGGAGGCAUCUUAGUGAUGCUCACAAUAUUUCAGAGCGUAUAGUAACUGAAGAAGUCCUUUCAGUAGAAACACAUUUACAAACCGAACCGGUAACAUCAAUGACUAUUAUAGAACAAGUUGGGAAAGUGCAUGUGCUGCCACUUCUUCAGGUCCAAGUGGAUUCUGCACAAGUAACUGUGGAACAAGUUCAUCCAGAUCUGCUCCAGGACAGCCAAGUGCAUGAUUCACAAAUGAGUGAGCUUCCAGAGCAGGUCCAAGUGAGUUAUCUAGAAGUGGGCCGGAUUCAGACUGAAGAAGAGCCAGCCCCCCGCUCGGGAUUGGUCCUGUUCUGUACCCUGCGAGGCACUCGACUCCAGUGGCGGAGCCCCGCUCAGACGGGCAGCGGGUUUGCAACGGCCCUGUGGGUCAGAUCUGCUGCCCAUCACAGUUCGCAGCGCCGUGGGAGCGACCCAGACGUCUGCGCCCCGGGACACUCACGAGUCUUUGCCAGCGUCUGCCACUCUGCGCGCCUAGCCUGGCCGCGCAGCAAGCUCCCCAGGCGGCCUCCGGACCGAGGUAAGCGGGGCUGUCGCCAGCGCCUGGGUCACACUAGCCUCGCCAUCUCCGGGUUGCAGAUGUGCAUGGCUAGAAAGAGGCACUUCUCCGGGAUCUCAAAGGAGAAAGGGAGACACGAAUUCUGGCCAGCGGUGGCGGUGAAGUGGGAUUAG